GUCAUUUCCGGCCACGAGGUAUAACGUCACUUCCGGCCGGGUGUGUGGAGGGUGUUGUGAGGCUUCUUCGCAAGAUGGCGGCCGCCAUGGGGCUGCUAGUGGUCGGACGGCGGCUGGGAAUGGGGCUGGGCCGCACGCCGCGGCGGGCGCUGUGGGGCGGCCACAGCAGGAAGGAGGAGAAAGAAGUAGGAGAAGACAAUGUAAUUCCACAAGAAAAAAAAGAACCCAGCCUGAUCUGUCCCCCGCCACGCAGCAGAAAGUAUUUUCCUCCAAAGGACAUACAGAGCAUCCUCGAGGCUCGUGUCAAGGAGAUCUGUGGGCCAUCGCUUGCUGGCAACUGGCAGCAGACAUCCCUGAAAGACAAGAGGCUGAAGUAUCAGCUCCUGACCCAGCUAGCAGAAGAACUUGGUCACGCUGUGCCCAACUCACAGCUCCACCUGAUGUGCAGUGCGCAGGAUGUCCUGACUUUCUAUAGCACUCCUGUGAAGGAUAUGUCAAAGUUUGAUGAGCUGUGUGCUGCAGAGCUGCCCCCAAACCUGAAGAUUGCCUGGGAGCGGUGAGACCUGCUGGGAAGCAUCACUGCAGUUUGGUUGGAUUCUUAAGUCCAAAUUGUGUAGCUAGAGCAGAACUCUUUCAUUGUUAUAUCAACCAGAUAUGAGUAUCAGUAAUAAAAAUGCAUCCAUUUGUCUUCA